AUGCACUGGGCAUGCUGGGGCCGGCCCUGCCUGUGGAGCGCAGGGCUGGGCCGUGUACUCCGGUCUGUCCCACAGCCCCUCAGCUCUGACCGCGCUCGCUCUUUGCCAGAUCCAGGCCGGGACCGGACACAAGAACAGGACCGCACCCAUGGACGCUUCUGCAGGGCAGCACAGGCCUUUCUGAAAUUUGUGGAUGUUCGGCGUGGACAGUACAGGAUCACACCAGCCGAGGUCACGGCACAGCCUGACCCCACGCCGAGUGAGCUCAAGGCGCACCCUGAAGUCGGCACCGCCUUGACCGACGGCACAGCAAACUGUGACAGCGCGGUGACCGAUGACAGGACAAAAUCCAACACGGCGCUGCCUGAGCUCACCACAGAGGCUGAUGGUGCAAUGGCUAAGGGCAUCGCAGACACUGACAGGACACCCAUUCAGUGCCUGCCCAAUGCUCUCAGUCUGGAGGUUCUUGACGAAGGAGUUAUCUCUGUGGAAGUAGCCAUGGAGCCAGACAGAGGCAUGGAGCGGAGACCCCCCAGGGUGCCGAAGCUGGUGUGGGUGAAGAAGGAGAAGGAAAGCCCUGGAGUACCCCUGGCACACCACCUUGAGGAGGUGGAGCAGUUCCAGCCCCUGCAGGAAGGACGGGACUGGACACGAGAGCAGGACCACGCCCAUGGCUGCUUCCGCAGGGCAGCACAGAGAGGGCAGAAAUCCAAUCCUGUUCAGCAUAGAAAGACCAGUGCCUCACCAGCCAAGGUCAUGGCACAGCCUGAGCCCAACCUGACCAAGCUCAAGGCCAAGGCUGUCACCCCCGGGACAGAGAGCAUCGCAGACACUGACAUAACACCCAUUCAGCGCCUGCCCGAUGCUCCCAGUUUGGGUGUUCCUGAGAACAGAGUUGUCUCUGCUCAAGUAGCCUUGAAGCCUAACAGAGGCAUGGAGCAGAGACCCCCCAGCAUGCCCAAGGUGACCUUGGUGAAGGAGGAGGAAGGCCUUGUGUCUACACCAGCAGAGCAACCUGAAGAGGUGGAGCAGUCCAAGCCCCUGCAGGAGGAUCCAGGCCGGGACUGGACACAGGAGCAGGACCGCGCCCGUGACCAUUUCCACAGAGCUGAUCAGAGAGAGCAGAAAUCCAAGCCCGUUAAGCGAAGAAAGGCCAGGACCUCAAUAACUAAGGUCAUGGCACAGCCUGAGCCCAGCCCAAAUGAGCUGAAGACCAAGGCUGACACUGCAACGACUGAGGGCAUCGCAGACACUGACAAGACACCCAUUCAGAGCCUGCCCGAUGUUCCCAGUUUGGCCUUUGUUGAUGAAGGAGUUGUCUCUGCUCAAGUAGACUUGGAGCCCAACAGUGACAUGGAGCGGAGACCCCCCAGGGUUCCCAAGCUGGCGUGGGUGGAAAAGGAGGAGGAGGAAAGCCCUGUGGCUACCCCAGCAGAGCACCCUGAGGAGGUGGAGCAGUCCCAGCCCCUGCAGGAAGGACGAGACCAGACACGAGAGGAGGACCGCGCCCAUGACCAUUUCCACAGAGCUGAUCAGAGGGUGCGGAAAUCCAAGCCUGUUCGGCGUAGAAAGGCCCGGAUGUCACCAACCAAGGCGAUGGCACAGCCUGAGCCCAGCCCAACCGAGCUCAAGACCAAGGCUGAUGCCCCAGGGACUGAGGGCAUCGCAGAUACUGACAUCACACCCAUUCAGCAUCUGCCCAAUGCUCCCAGUCCGGCCUUUCUUGAUGAAGGAGUUGUCUUUAGUCAAGUCGCCAUAAAGCCACUCAGAGGCAUGGAGCGGAGACCCCAGAGGGUGCCCAAGCUGACGUGGGUGAAGAAGGAGGCGGAGAGCCCUGGAGUACCCCUGGCACAGCACCCUGAGGAGGUGGAGCAGUUCCAGCCCCUGCAGGAGGGACGAGACCAGACACGAGAGGAGGACCGCGCCCGUGGCUGCUUCCACAGGGCAGCACAGAGAGAGCAGAAAUCCAAGCCCAUUCGGCAUAGAAAGGCCAGGACCUCACCAUCCAAGGCCAUGGCACAGCCUGAGCCCAUCCCAACCGAGCUCAAGGCCAAGGCUGGCAGUCCAACGACUGAGGGCGUUGCAGACACUGACAGGACACCCAUUCAGAGCCUGCCUGAUGUUCCCAGUUUGACCUUUCUUGAUGAGGGAGUUGUUUCUGCUCAAGUGCCAGCUGUGGUGAGGUCCAUCCACUGGUGGCUGAGCUCCAAUGUGUCUGCUGGGCACGUGCUGGAUAACACCCUUCUAGCACUGACCCAGGCACACCCCGCGGAUGUCGCCAUCAGCCUCCUGCGCUGUGCCCCCUCAUGUGACAGAGCUGCUGCAGUCAUGUGGAGGACCAUCGCCUCGUCGGGAACGACCCUGGAGAAGGUGCUGCCAAUGCUGCUCUCUGUGAUGGAGGACUGGCCAUGGCACAGCACCCGCACCUCCGAUGGGGACAACACAGAUGUCUUUGCCCUGGCUGCAACUCUGGCACUGUGGACGAUUGUCCAGGAGCCUCAGUGCCCAGGGCCAUUGAUGGAGUAUUCCCCCCAUCUCCUCGUGGCUCUGCUCUUCCAAGUUUUCAUCACCACAGAGCAGAUGUCCGAGGAGGUCGACAGCUUCUGGAGGGGAUGCCGGGAGGAACACGACCUUCCCACUGACCCCAACAGAUUUGCAGUGCUGAGCAUGAAGGCCCUGCUCUGCUGCCUGCACUGUGAGGAUGUGGUGUGUUCAGUGGAAGACAAUCGUGGCUGGGCGAGGCUCCUCAAUGCUCGCAGCCGCCGCUACGCAGUGGCUCUGCUGGCCAGGGAGAUGCGCCGUGUUUCCAGCCCCUUGUGUUCCCGCAUCACACUCCACCUGCUGGAGCUGCUGAGCAGGGAGGAGCCAUGCUGGGACCUCCCUGCCAUGGCAUUUCUUGUGGAGGUCCUGGACUGCCUGGACACCAGAGAAUGUGGUGACAGAGUCCUGGAGAUCCUCUCAAGGAACCUGGGGAGCACAGACAAAAAGUGGCGUCAGCUGGGGCUCAGAGUCCUCGUAGCACUCAGCCAGGAUCCCGUGAUGGACAAGAGCAUCUGGAGCCUGUUGGAUAGCCUGGUGCAGCUCCUGGGGGAUGAGGACAGAGAUACAGUUUGGAUGACCCUCUCUGUGCUCGACAAUGUGCUCUGGAGCAGUGUCUGGACACAGCUGCAGAAGAGGGUCCACAGCAAAGACCCCCUAAUAUCCACCCCCACCGGCCUGCAGUUGGCUGAGGCGCUCCGGCCACUCUUUGACCAUGACGACAGCAGUGUGCGGGAGGGCUCCAUGGUCAUCUUCACACGUGUGAUGAAACUGAUAGAGAGAGCGGGAAAGAGACCCCUGAAGCCACACGUGUGCCUGAGCCUGCUCCCGCUCUACUUCCACCGGCACGAUGAGAACCCUGUCGUGAAAAAGGCCUCCCGGAAAGCACUGUUGGCUGUGACCAGGUUCCUGAAGAGGAGGGAUCUUGGGCGCCUGGUCAACACAGAGGAGCCAUGGAGUUUCGGCGAGUGCCUGCUGAAAACGGACCGGAGCCGAGUGGCCAAGUACAUGCACCAGGCCCUGCCGUACCUGUGGAGCCCACAGCAGCCCCUGCGAGAGGCGGCCAUCAAGUUCAUGGGGAUCGCCGGGAGGUACCUGAGGGGACAGUACAAAGAGCUGCAGCUCAUCAUCGAUGCCCUUCAAGCCACGACAGAUGACAGCAGCCCCACUGUCUCCAAGCUGGCGCUUGAAACCAUCUCCUUUGUUGAAGCUGUACAGAGAGCUCCCUACCCCAGGUUCCAGCAGCUCCAAGACCAGCUCUGCAGGGCAUGGAGUACCCGGCCUUCUGUGUGGGGCUGUGUGUGUCUGUGCUGCUGUAGCUGUGUGGAGAGCUGAUGCAGGCAGCUCUGUCUGUUGGGGCCACCUGAGCCUGUGGGGAAGACGCCUCUUCUCUGCAAGCCCUUCCUUCUACCCCAGUGUAGAAAUAUUAAACAAAUCUUGU